AUGGGUGGGUUGGGUAACUGCAGUGAAGGUGGUCCACAGGCAGAGGAGACGACGACGGCACAACAACAGAGAGAAGAAUCGACAAACAGUUAUGAAGACGAGGAGUUAGGCGAGAAUUCAGGCCAAGAGGAGUCGUCCGAGGAUUCAGGCGACAAGGAAGAGGCUGGCGAGAAUGCAGGCGACAAGGAAGAGGCCGACGAGAAUGCAGGCAACGAGGAGGUCAGCGAAGAAAGGAUUGUGUGGACCGUAAACUGUAAAGACUACGAGUUGGAGCUUAUAACUGAUAAGGUAGUUUCUAAAUCUCUUUCUCCUUCAAACAAUACAUGUUUACAUUCUGUGGUUCUGAGAGGAUGGUGCGUCAGUUGUGGGAAAAAUAUGAAGGAAGGGUUUGGUGUAGGAUCUGAUCUUGUGCUCGGUGGUUUUAGGUUUAGCAACCCUGAAAUUUGUCAGUCGAAAGAAUUAAACUCUUUGAAUUUGUUUAGCCAAAGAAAGCUUCAGUUAGUUCUUGAUUUAGAUCAUACAUUGCUUCAUUCACAACGCAUCCAUAAAUUAACCCAUGAGGAGAAAUAUUUGAAGAGGCGUGCAGAUUCUUUGGAAAAUACAUCAGACGGCGACCUGUUUAAGAUAGAUGACAAAUUCAUUGUCAAACUGAGACCCUAUCUUCGAACGUUUUUAAAAGAAGCCAGCAGCAUGUUCGAACUUUACAUAUAUACUAUGGGUUAUCGAUACUAUGCAGAGGGAGUGGCUAUGUUGCUUGAUCCUAAAUGCGAAUACUUCAUCAAGUCAAGAAUAAUUUCGCGGGAUGAUUCGAAACAAAAAGGAAAAAAGAGCCUGGAUUUAGUGUUGGGACAGGAGAGAGGUAUAGUUAUUCUUGAUGAUACCGAGAGUGCAUGGAGUGAGCAUAAAGAGAACUUGAUAGUUAUGGGAAGAUAUAAUUAUUAUAGAGAUCAAAGGUUUGAUCAUAAAUCUUUCUCAGUGAUGAGGACCGAUGAAAAUGAAACUAACGGGGCACUUGCAAACGAUGUUGGAGCUGAUGCAGCUAUAGUUUGGAGCAGAGCAGAGGAGAUGGGAGCAACUUGCAAAACCAGGAUUGACUCUUCGGUUACACAUUUGGUGUCAUCAAACAAUAAGAUUGAGGAUUAUGAAUGGGCAGAACUAGAGAUAAAAUAUUUGGUCCAUCCUCGGUGGAUUUAUGCUGCUUAUUAUCUAUGGCACAAACAACCUGAAUAUCUGUAUCUUCCAGUUUAG